AUGUCGAACAACUUCGCCACAUUCGCCCCUUACGCGCCACCACCUGACGAACAGCCGGCAGAGCAAUCCAAGCCGUCGACAUCGCGUUUCGCUCGUCCCUGGUUCCCUACGCAGCAGUCCUCGACACGGGAGAUCCAGUCCUACCAGUCCGGUGGCGUGCCAAUAUGGGACUCUGGCGCGGCGACGGGCUUCGGCUCUGAGGAAAUUGCCGCAGCGGCGGAGGAGGGCUCGCCGUCUGCUAACUGGGAGACAAGGUUCGGCUACCGUGUAGAUGUCCUGGCGGCGUUUGCCUACGUCCUUGGGCCCGUGUCAGCUUUCCUGCUACUGAUAUUCGAGACAUCCAAUGACUACGUUCGCUUUCACGCCUAUCAGUCAGCUCUAUUCACGACACCGCUGGUACUCAUGCGCAUCAUGGCUACUAUCCUUGGAUUUUGGGCAUGGUUGAGAUUUCUCUUGACCUUGAUAUGUGUCGUACCUCCCUUGUACAUGGCGUACCAGGCUUUCAUUGAUGCGUCGAGGAACGGUCUCGCUCGCUAUCAUAUACCCUUCGUUGGUGACCUCGCAGAACAAUGGCUGGAGGACGAGUAG